ACGGACUUUAGAGAUCCUCAUUUUUACUUUAUCAGUGUGAGACUGAGGAGCCAUGAGCCGAGAACACAGUGAAAGAUCUCCUCUACUGCAGAAUCAGCCACAGAAGAAAAUCAGAAAUGGCUGGCUCUUCCUCGCUGUGUUCUCAGCAGUUUUGGGCAAUUUUAACUUUGGAUUUUCUCUGGUGUUUCCCUCACCGGUGAUCCCACAACUACAAGCGGGUGAUGACCCACGCCUGCGCAUGGACGUCCAUCAAGUCUCCUGGUUUGGUUCUAUUUUCACACUGGGAGCCGCCGCAGGGGGUCUGAGCGCCAUGCUGAUGAACGACAGAAUUGGGCGCAAGCUGAGCAUCAUGAUAUCUGCGGUGCCGUCCACCGCGGGUUACCUGGUGAUGGGGGCAGCACAGGGGUUCUGGAUGCUUCUCCUGGGCAGAUUUCUCACCGGCAUUGCUGCUGGCAUCACCGCCAGCUCUAUUCCUGUGUAUGUGUCGGAGAUUUCACAUCCAGGUGUUAGAGGAGCUCUGGGAUCUUGCCCUCAGAUCACAGCUGUCUUCGGAAGUCUGGCACUCUAUGCUCUUGGCUUGGUAAUUCCGUGGCGGUGGCUGGCUGUGGCUGGGGAAGUUCCUGUUCUGCUUAUGUUAAUCCUCCUCUGCUUUAUGCCAAACUCCCCGCGUUACCUCAUCACCCACGGCAAACGGGACGAGGCCUGCGGGGCCCUGAAAUGGCUCCGGGGGCCCAAUUCAGAUUACAUGAAUGAACUCAACCAAAUUGAGCGGAGCGUCAACUCACAGGUUGGAAUACAGUGGGCUGAUCUUAGGAGUCCUUUCUACUACAAGCCCGUCUUAAUCUCUGUGUUUAUGAGAUUCCUGCAGCAGAUGACAGGAAUAACACCUAUCCUGGUUUAUCUGGAGCCUAUCUUUCACAAAACAGCCAUAACACUGGAACCCAAGUAUGACGCAGCAUUAGUAGGCGCUGUUCGGCUGCUCUCUGUUAUGAUUGCAGCCAGUCUAAUGGACAAAGCUGGAAGAAAAGCUCUUCUCUACACAUCAGCAUUUCUAAUGUAUUUGGCCAUGCUAUCAAUGACCAUGUACACCCACACAACACCAUGUGAUAACAACAGGAACAUCACUGUGGAUGCAAGCUUGCAACUAACAGAGGGGCAUGGAGAAUUGACGGGUUCUGUCCCAAAUUCCAUCACACUCGUUCCCCUCAUCAGCGCUAUGGUCAUCAUAUUUGGUUAUGCGAUGGGCUGGGGUCCAAUCACCUGGCUGCUGAUGUCGGAGAUCUUGCCGCUGGGGGCUCGUGGCGUGGCGUCCGGCUUGUGUGUGAUGGUCAGCUGGAUCACGGCUUUUGCACUGACACAACUCUUCAUGCACGCUGUGGACGCUUAUGGACUGUUCGUACCGUUCCUGUUCUUCUGCGUUGUCUGCGUGGUGAACAUCAUAUUCACCGCGGUGUGUGUGCCGGAAACGAAGGGGCGGACCCUGGAGGAGAUCGAGAACUAUUUCAGAACUGGACGCUCCUUCACUAUCCUCGACAGUUAACACAACAAACCUUCAGUGGAUUUUUUAAAAAUAAAGAGACUUUGGGUUUUGGCUUGUGUAAAAUGAAGAAGAACACAACUAAUUUGAGUGAUAGUGUAAUUACAUGUUUACAUUAGGGAUGUCAGUCAUGUGUGAUUUAUUUUUAAUGUAUUUCUGUUAUUUGUUUAAUCAUUUCUCCUGCCUGUUGUAAAUAUGUAACUACUAAUAUGUAGUAUGUAGUAUGUAAUAUGUACGUAUUUUUCGCACUAUGAUCUAUUUUCAUACAUAAGGCGCACUGGAAUCUAAAGCGCAUUAUGCGACACUAGUAAGGAACAGUGAGGCUGUGUCAAUAGUAGACAUUCCACCCUGAAAUAAAAAAAAAUGCAAAAAUUCAUUUCAGAGGGGUAUUCAUAAAUAAAUAAAUUAAUUAAUAAAUGAAAUAUUAAAAUCUAUGCUUACUAUAUAAUACAAUAAUCAUUUGAAUGAAGUGGAUGGAGCGUAGUAUCUCCCUAACACUAACUCAUUUUAGCAAUGUUAAUAAACGCUGUUUAACCAUUUCAGACCCUGCAUCCAUUCCAGUGGUCAUUAUGUAUUUUCUUUUUUUUUUAAUGUUUUCUUGCAUUUAACAUUGAUUGAGAGCUGAUUGUUGUCCAUUAGAAUAGAACAAGAACCAGCUAAUUAACUAGUUUAUAAACCAAUGAAACAGUAGCAAUAGAGCCUUUGAGACAAAGUAACAGCUAAUUUGUACUGAUUUAAUGUGAUUUAGAACACUUUUGGUCAUGUUUUUACUGUCUAAGGAUGUUUUUUUUUAUAAUAAAAUGUUGAUAUGAAAUAUAAAGUAUUA